CAAAAUGCAUAAGGUUCUCGCCCGGAAGCCGCGAGAGAAGUUCCCCACGCUCCCGGCCCACCAUCGCCCCCCAUCGGACCCCUGCAUGACAGCGCCAGCAGGCCCUUUAGUCUGCACGCCUUACCUCUAAACGCUGAUCACACGUUAUCGCAUCCUAAACAUUACCCGGGAUACUACACCGACUCUCCCGACUAAAUGUGUCGUCAUGUCUUUCCGCUCAGCCGGGAGUGUCGCUAAGAACAAGAAGUUUUACAAGGGUUUGCUACCUUCCAAGGACGAAAAAGCGCAGCGUAGCAGUAACCCGCAGAGCCGGCGCGGCGGUGCUCAACCUCAGCCGCAUUCACGGAAGCGGGCCGCAGACGGGCGCUUCGCAGCAGAGCAGCACCAGCACCAGCAGCUAGAGGACCUCGAGGGUUACGUCGAGGAGACUGUCGAGGGUGCUGCCGGGGACCCGGGUGCUGCCGGGGACUCGGGAGCAGCGCUCAGGGACCACACGCGACAGACACGCAGAGACGCAAAACAGUCCCUCGCCCAAAGCCCACAGCUCACGUCGGCUUACCUGCGGGACUACGCGGAUGCUAGUGCUGCUCGUCAGCUGUUGCUGCAGUGCCAAGCAGCAGCAAUCACCGGCCUUGUGGAGGCGCGGGGCAGUGAGUGCCCCGAAUGCUGCGAGCCUUGCAACCUGACGCACAAGGUGCCGGUGGUGGUCGUCACUUGGGAGCAGCCGGUCAUCGUGGCCGUGCCGGUGCUAUGGUGCAAGCGCUGCUGCAAGUUCGUCAGCAUGCAGCCCACCGUUGUGGAUUGCCUGCCGGACACGCCAACAUCGUGGGACCUGACCAAACGGGCGGAGGGGCAGAUGGUGUUGUGGUGGCAAGCCACAACACUCCAGCAGUUCUCCCGCCUAUGCUACUCAAGUCGGCAUCAGAGCGCAGACGCAUUUGCAGCUGCCAUGUUGGAGGUAUGGCGGUUGAACAGCGUCUGGCCUCUCAGCGACUCAGCGGCAGCGGCAGCUCCGAAGCUGGGCAGGGACAAGCUACGGAAGCGCAUGCGCUACGCGCUCAACGCCUACUACCACCUGGAUGGCGUAGUACGUGACUAUCCGGAGGGCUUGGAGGGCUGGCCCGCCGCUGGCGCAGCCAACGCAUGCCCGUGCUGUGGUGAUAGCGCACACGCUGCAGCAUGCGACCGGGGGCUGGGGGCGGCGGCGGCUGCGGCGGCAGCCGCUGUGCCAAUGACUGCUGCCGCCCCUGCUGCAGCGGUGGCGGAGCCAGCUGCGGCACCAGCAGCCGCUGCAGACGUGGUUGCAGCUGGCGCGGAGCAAGGCGGAGACACCGGCAGGGAGGGAGUGGUGGCGGAGCCAGCUGCGGCACCAGCAGCCACUGCAGACGUGGUUGCAGCUGGCGCGGAGCAAGGCGGAGACACCAGCAGGGAGGGAGCGGUGGCGGAGCCAGCUGCGGCACCAGCAGCCGCUGCAGACGUGGUUGCAGCUGGCGCGGAGCAAGGCGGAGACACCGGCAGGGAGGGAGUGGUGGCGGAGCCAGCUGCGGCACCAGCAGCCACUGCAGACGUGGUUGCAGCUGGCGCGGAGCAAGGCGGAGACACCAGCAGGGAGGGAGUGGUGGCGGAGCCAGCUGCGGCACCAGCGGCCACUGCAGACGUGGUUGCAGCUGGCGCGGAGCAAGGCGGAGACACCAGCAGGGAGGGAGGCGGGCGUGACGGCGGCGCGGGUCCACUGCAGGGCAGGGGGCCGGGGGCGGCGGCGGCAGUUGCCAUCACCAUCACUGCCACCGCCUCAUCAGCUGCAUUUACUGUCAUCGCCACCACCGCAUCAGGCGCUGAGUCGAUGGCGGCAGUAGCAGCUGGUGGUGAUGGGCGUCAGGAGGCAGGCAGGGCAGGAAACCUAGGCGGGGAAGGUGGCCCUUCAACUGCAGUGCGGCGUGCAGACGCGGGGCAGCAGCAGGGCGGUGAUCCGGCGGCGCCUACACCUGCAAGUGCAGCCGCGCGCCCAGUGCUGAUGGUGCGGCUUAUCAUUCUGCCUCGUAGAGUUGCGGGUGGCUUGCUGCCGCUGCCUGGACGCUGGCUGUCUGUGGAGGAUGUGUUGGCGGGACCCGGCUGCAUUCAUUCCCUGCACUUUGAUGGCUGCUUCAAGCUGAACUUGCUGUCCAGGGGCAAGUUUCACUGUCAGCUGUACAAGCAGUGGGAGCGACGGCGCUACUUCCUGCACAACGGGGCGGUGAACGAGGUGGACGGGACCUGGGCGACAGACAACGGCCCGAGUCGUUGCUCCACCUUCCAUGCUGACCGCGUGCUGGCGUCGGAGAACAGCAAGAACCUGAUCACAGGAGCAGGAGCGGUGCUGUGUCGGCACGGCAUGCUGAUGCGCCUUAUGAACCUGUUUACGGGUGAGCGGCACAUCUACGCCAUUGCAGCCAUGUACUCCUUCCUCCGUGUGGGAACAGCGAUCCAGUUUUGGUGGUACGACAUUGCGUGCCGCUGGAGCAAGUCUCUCGCUAAAUGGCUUGCCGAGCCUGGGCGGAGCACCGCUGUAGUGGCGCUGGGCUGUGCCGUGAUGUGCCUCAUCCAGCCAUGGCACCGCUACGCGCACAACUUCGCUUGCCAAAAGGAGUUCGGGCAUACCCAACAGCCUGGGGUGGGUCGGGGCACGGGUGAGCCGGCAGAGGUGUUCAACAGCGUGGUGGGGCCGCAUGGGGCCGUGACGCGGUACAUGGCCCCUGCCAACCGCGAGGCGCACCUGGAGCACGUGUCCCGGCUGUACAGCGAUCAGGUGCUGCUCGGCUUGCCGGCACGCCUGUGGCGCGCUAGGCGCAAGGCGGCGCUCAUCGCGGGAACGAUGCGGGAACGCAUCGCUCAGCUGGAGGCCGCUCUCGGUGGCAAAAAGGAAGAGGUGCUGGCGCGUAUCAAGCAGCAGAUCGCACAGCGCACCCAGCGCCCAGAGGCUCCGCUCCCAGCUGAGCCGCUGCCCGCAAGAGCGCAGUAUGUGCGCAGCCGUGCGGUGGUGGAGAGGCUACAACGCCUGGACGCGGUGGAUGCCCCGGGAGAGGUGCCGCUGGACCUCCUGUACGGUGGUGCGGGCGACCUAACGCUACGACAACGUCCGCAGGUCAUCAAGUCCAUGAAGGAGCAGGCCCAGCGCCACGAGCAGGAGCACCCUGACUGGAAGCUGUGGGCGCCUUCUUCGCAGGACUUCCUUGCGGGCCUGCAUGCAGUGGCGGCCAGCGACCUGCAAGAGCUGUACGCGGAGAUUGAGGCGUCGGUACUGGACUACUACUGCCUGGAACAGCUGAUGUCGUCGCUGCAGUCGCGGAAGAAGGAGCAAGGCCUGGUGAAGAAGGAGAAGGACAAGGCCAUCGCUAAGAUUCGUGAGGCGUGGGACAAGGCCGUGCGGUGGAGCAAGUGGUGCCUUGCGCACCCGGUGGGCGGCACUCCUGACGCUGACGCUGUGAUGCAGCGGAUAACGGGGCAGGACGGGCGGGGCCGCGGGCCGGAUGCCGUGUUCAGCGAAGUGCUGCGCCAGGAUUUCCCAUGGGGAGUGUGCACCACAGAGGGUCCUAGCCCCCGUGUCGAGGCCACGUUACUGCGGUGCAUGCAUGAGCUGGCAAGGUGUUCAGAGGAAGAGUUGAUCAUUGAGAGCGAGGGAGAAUGUGCGGUGCAGUACUACAGGAAGCGCGUGGAGUGCUUGAAGCACCAUUUGCAGGCGGCAGUAGCUGACUCGUCCCAUGCCCUGCUGUUGCGAGAGCACAUGAGCGCACACGAGGCAAUGCUAUCAGCAUGGGAGGGCUUUGUGGGCGGUGAUGAGCCACCUGUUGACCGCAGCUACCUAGACUUCCAGGACGAUUAGGCGCGCCGUGGCAUGCCGUUGUACAUACUAUCGUAUGCCUGCUGUUGCCCUGGGAGGCCACGCGUGGUGGUGGGGCUAGGCUGGCGAUCAGCAACGCCGCGCGCACGUGUGCAAUGAACUGUGGUCAGGAAUGUGUAUUGAGUGCCCCAACGUCGCGUUGCUGUUGAGAGGCGGGCUGGACAGAAGACGAGGUGGUCCUGGUAGUAAAGGACGUGUGCCUGCUGGGAGCCCCUGCGCGUGGUGUUGCCCUGGGAGGCCACGCGUGGUGGUGGGGCUAGGCUGGCGAUCAGCAACGCCGCGCGCACGUGUGCAAUGAACUGUGGUCAGGAAUGUGUAUUGAGUGCCCCAACGUCGCGUUGCUGUUGAGAGGCGGGCUGGACAGAAGACGAGGUGGUCCUGGUAGUAAAGGACGUGUGCCUGCUGGGAGCCCCUGCGCGUGGUGUUGCCCUGGGAGGCCACGCGUGGUGGUGGGGCUAGGCUGGCGAUCAGCAACGCCGCGCGCACGUGUGCAAUGAACUGUGGUCAGGAAUGUGUAUUGAGUGCCCCAACGUCGCGUUGCUGUUGAGAGGCGGGCUGGACAGAAGACGAGGUGGUCCUGGUAGUAAAGGACGUGUGCCUGCUGGGAGCCCCUGCGCGUGGUGUUGCCCUGGGAGGCCACGCGUGGUGGUGGGGCUAGGCUGGCGAUCAGCAACGCCGCGCGCACGUGUGCAAUGAACUGUGGUCAGGAAUGUGUAUUGAGUGCCCCAACGUCGCGUUGCUGUUGAGAGGCGGGCUGGACAGAAGACGAGGUGGUCCUGGUAGUAAAGGACGUGUGCCUGCUGGGAGCCCCUGCGCGUGGUGUUGCCCUGGGAGGCCACGCGUGGUGGUGGGGCUAGGCUGGCGAUCAGCAACGCCACGCGCACGUGUGCAAUGAACUGUGGUCAGGAAUUCGCACAAUGAUGG